AUGGAUGCAUAUGAUAACCUAAUGAUUAACAUCCAAAUUGAAAAUUGGGAUGUUACACGCGGCGACCCGGAGUGGUCCGCCAUCGAGGCCACGAUCAUCCGUUGGUUCUACCAGACGGUCUUAAAGGACAUCUUCCAUACGGUCAUCGUCGAGGACGACAACGCCUGCAACGUGUGGGCCAAGAUCAACAUGCUCUUCACCGUCAACAAACUUCAGCGCCUUAUUUUCUUGCGGCAGGAGUUCUUCAGCUGUCACCAGGACAACUCCACCAUCGACGAGUACUGCAUGAGGCUCAAGAUGCUCGCCAACGAGCUUCGCGACAUCGGCGCUAAGGUCUCUGACGACCUCAUGCCGAGCAGCCUCACCACGGGUCUUAAUGAGGACUUCGGCAACGUGGCGUCCGACCUCACCCUGCUGUCGCAACCCACUUUCCAGCGCGUCGUCGCGUACCACAAACUUGAGGAGCGCCGGAUGACGAAGCUGAAGCAGCGGGUCCAGCAAACCGCACUCGCCGCCGGCACCACCCGCAGUGGCCCUGCUCCUGCGGUCGCACCCCGACGCCCAUACACGGAUGGUCCUUCACCGAUGUGA